UAGGACCUCCGCAGGUGACUUCGAUGCCGGGUCGAGCUUGACCCCAUCUCGAAUCUUCUACUCGUCGUGCGAAAUGGCGUCGGCGGCAGCGGAAUUAGUGGCGGAGAGAGAGCCGGAGUUGAGGAUCGAGAUGACGGACGUGAACAGGACGUUCGUGGGCGCUCAGGGCUUGGUGAAGAUGGCCUUGGACCAGUACACAGAGAUCCUCACGACGGCCUCGGACCCACGUGUCAAUGAUUGGCCGCUCAUGGACUCGCCGGUCCCGACCAUCCUCAUCGUGCUCCUCUACAUGUACCUCGUCGUCAUACUUGGCCCGCGUAUGAUGGUCAACAGAAAGCCGUACAAACUGAGAAUAAUCCUCGUGGUGUACAACGCGUUCCAGGUCAUCUUCUCGUUGGGGAUGCUGUACGAGCAUUUAAUGUCCGGAUGGCUGUUGGAUUACAGCUACAAGUGUCAACCGGUCGACUACUCUCACAAUCCAUCCGCUGUCAGGAUGGCGAAUCUGUGCUGGUGGUAUUUCAUCAGUAAAUUCACGGAAUUCGCUGAUACGAUGUUCUUUGUGUUACGUAAGAAAGAGAGCCAGGUGACAUUCCUGCACCUAUACCAUCACUCGCUGACACCGCUGGAAACGUGGAUCUGCGUAAAAUUCAUCCCGGGCGGCCACGGCACCCUCGGCAACCUUAUAAACAACGCGGUACACGUGGUCAUGUACGCGUACUACAUGUUAGCGGCCAUGGGCCCGGAAUAUCAGAAAUAUUUGUGGUGGAAGAAGCAUUUGACCACGUUGCAACUGAUGCAGUUUUUCCUGGUGUUCGUGCACAGCGCCCAGGCUCUCAUCUUCGACUGCGGUUACCCGAAGCUGGUGGCGGGCCUUCUUCUGCUCCACUCGACAAUUUUCUUCGUGCUCUUCUCCGACUUCUAUCAGCGCGCUUAUCGUAAGAGAAUGACCACGAAGGUGCUCAAGGACGAAUAAGCGCGCGGAGGAGAGGAUGUUGGAAGGAGGACACCUUCGUCCCGAUUACGCCUGAUCGAAGACAGGCGUAUACAGCGAGCCGCGUACUCGCCCCGGAUGCGGCUCCAUUUUUGCAUACCAAUGAUGCGACUGUUUUAAUGUACAUCGGCGGCCGGGAGAGCGAGAAAUUCACCGAGCUGUCGCGAAAGUCGCGUAUUCGAUCAACGGACGAACGACCGUUGCGACAUUCGCGAAGGCGCGAAGUGCGAGAGAAGGUGGCCGCAGGACAAGAUUUUUCGACCACGCGCGACAGAGAAGCGCCUUGAUCUUUCGGCGCCGGGAUUAUUUCAUUCGAUAGCGGGAAAAGUAAAAAUAUUCACAAUGCCACAUCGCUCGCAAUUCGUUCGUCGGUAUAAUAUAUCGAGUCGGUCGAAAAGUUCGGUUUUUCAUCGUCGAUAGAUGACACCGCCGCACGCGUAUCAUACAUGGAGUUCCUCAAGUAAGAGUCCGGCCAAUUUUGACUCUUUGAUCAAACAUGGCGUCUGGUUCGUCGCUAGAAUGUUCUUUAUCUAUGAAGGGUAUCUACAAUAUAUCGAGUUCAGGUAUAUUUCUUUGACAAUAUGUGCACGUCGUUUGCCUGAUUAUGCGUAAUAUUAUUUAUAAAAGUAGAUUUUUUAAUUUCUCAAAAAACGGGUUUUUCCAUUAUUUUAUUAUCAUUCAUCUUCCAUCUUAGAAUAACGUUCAGUUGGGAAUGGAGAGUCUAUUUAUUUAACAAUUUUCAGUUCCGCCAUUUUUGAUCAAAUAAGAAAUCAGACCAAUCGGUAAGAAGUUGAGGAGAUGACCAGAUUCUCAUGUCUCUCAAAAUUUUACUUACAGACGUCUGUAAGACAUCCCAAGAGGCGCUUUAUGUCCCGAUUUUGGAUAUUGCACUGUACUGAAUAGAGUCCUUCAAGUAAGAGUCCAGCCAUCUCCAACUUCUCACCGAUUGGUCUGAAGCUCGUCCGAUUUUCCCGAACGUCGCCCCGCGCCGUCCCACUUUCAUCUUCCGCUUCGCCCGCGAAUCGGUUCUCCGACCGUUUAAACAGACGCUCGAUGCACGUGUAACUGACGAGCAAUUAAGUCAGAUAAAACACACAAAGCAGUGAGGAACGGGUUUCCGCAUCGUAGCGCCCGGUAGUUUUUAAUGAUCGACCAACACGAGAGAAGACGAGAGCAGGAACAAGGAGAAACGGAUACGCGCGCUUUGAAAGUUACACCGGCCAGUAGGAAAGAAACCUGUAUCGUGGCUCUUUUUUUUUCCCUCCGCCUUCUCUCCAUUCUCCUUCUUCUUUCGGAAUCCUGCGCUUAUAAAUUUCCACGCGUUCGUCUUGCUGGCGUGUAUCUAGCGCGCGACAAUCCAAGCGCACAAUCCGGGAAUCACGGGUUUGCACAUUGAAAGAGAUCGCGUGCCAGAGAAGCUCGAAACUAUCGUAUCGCAUCGAAUUAUUAUCGUAUCUAAUCUAAUUCGCUCGCAUUAUCCCCUCAUGAGAGCCGUAAAACACCUCGCUGAUUCCCCGUAAAGUAGAAUCGUUGUAAAUAUAUAUAUAUAUAUAUAUUUAUAUAUAUAUAUAUAUAAAGUCUUAUGUUCCCUGAUUUUGAACAUUACUGUCUGGGUAGUCAUACAGGCAACAGUGCCGAGAAUUGUUCCGCUUCUCCUGGAUAUACACGCAAUGCGAGGUAUGAUUUUCUGAUUCUUAAGCUGAAGAAAUAUCACGCGCGCGACCCUCGCGUAAAGCGGGGCCUACAAUGAGAAUUUUAAGCUCUAAGCCUUGAAAAAUUUACCAAUCGCAGUCGAUUAUUCUCCUCACAUUCGACCGUAAUUGGUCAGCUUCGGUGAGGCUGAGAGCUUAAAUUCUCAUUGUAGGCCCCGCUUAAGAGAAACCGCGCUUGGAAUCCAGCAGGCACGUUUGACGCGUGUUGAACCCAAGCAGAAUAAGAAGUCACGAUAACGUCAUAAUAACGUGAAAAACGACAGUGAUAUAACUUCCAGAGGUCAUCUUUGAUCAUGACAGAAAAUUUAUACUUUAAAUUACGACUUUGGGAUUUGCAGAUUUAAUCCUCUCCGAUUAAGCUGUUUGUUCAAUAUAUUUAAAUUGCAAAUGUCAGUAGCUACGUACAAAAUUGUUCAUGCAAACAAUAUUCUGUUUAUCGUAAUUACAAUUUUGCUUAUAUAUAGCUAAAAUUACAAAUUAAAGUUACUAAAUACAACAAUUAAAACUUUCUUACGAUACGUAUUUUCCAGGCUGCAUUCCGAUAUUGUCAAUGCUAUCAGUGAAAAUCUACAGUACACGUAACAUGAACUAUAGAUUUUCGAUGCUGACAGUGAAUAUCGAAAUGCAGUUUUAGAGGAAAUAUAAACAGCUGAGCGGAUCUAAGGGCAUUCUACAAUGUCCCGUAAACAAGAAAGGCAUUAAGAAGUCAUAAUGCAAUCACGAAACGGUCAAAUUAUUAUCCUAUUUAAAGUAUUGAAUGACACACUUUGAUUUCCUAUAUAAUGAGUACUUUUAACGUCAUCUUGAUGUCACCUUGAUUUGCACACGACCUUUUGCUCUGCUUGGGAAAAAGCGUAUAUUAAAAAAAUGAGGCCUUAGUGCGUUAGAGAAAAGUUUCAUAAAUUUGAAGAGUAGAGGCAAUAACGGAGAGAGUAUAUAUUCGGUAGAGCAACUCGCUUCCGUAGAGUGCAAAAGUUCGGCUCAAGAGAGUCGAAUCGAACUUUCUUACUGACCCGAUAGAAUCCCUCCAUUGCUGAAAGGUCGAGAGUUGCGAGAUGCGAAAUUUCAACGGCGCCG